GAACCUGGUCACACUAAAACAUAUAUGUAAACAAAGAGAAAUUUUAGGAAACUGCGACUUUACCAUUUCAGCUGAUUUUUGUUUAUUUGAUUGCAUAUUAAACAAAACUAAAGAAAACACGAAACAAGCAAAAAACCGUUAGAAAGUAAAGUUUUUAAGAUUUUUCUACAAAGGGUAGCCUAACUGCUAUUUUAUUAAAAUCAAUAAACAUUGACAAUUAAAUAGGAAGACAGUUACACUCAAAGUGGAACUUGGAUUCCCUUAAUUAUAUUUCAAAUAGGUGUGUCAAUAAAACAGAAGUCACAUGGACUGCGCUCCUCUUAAUUUGGCCCACUUCCACGAGCGACGUUCGGAGCGGUUUAUCCGCAAUCAUCGCUAUGAGGAAGCUAUCAAGGCUCUGGAAACAUCUUUGAUUUACAUACAGGAUGCCCAGAAGAACGUUUGCCAGCCAAAGUCCAAGGAGGUCCUUGACACUUUAACGCUGGAUUUCCAAAGGAAACUUCGUCAGAUUGAAAUUAGAAAAACUCAACAUGGACUGAAGUUGAAUGACUUUGCUCCUUUGAAGGAAACCAGCCCCAUGCUGCCGCUCCGACCGGACAAUAGUGGAAGUGGAGGGCUGGUGUCGGCCCAAUCCGUUGCCAAGGCAAUUGACAAAACAGUUCAGGAUUUUGAUGCCAAGUUCACAUCUACGCUGGUGAAUAAGGCUCACUUGGCCACUUCUGAGCCCCAAAUAGAUACCGUCAAAUAUAUAGAACCAGUGGAAGGCGACGAAGAGGAUACAUUUCAGCAUCGCAUGACUGGCAGCGAGGAUCUGGACUUGCCCUCCCUUGCUCCCUUGGAGCUUCCCUCCUUUGACUAUAGCCUUUUUACCAGUUCUUCAGCCCCAUCACUGGCAAGCUUUGCCGUCUUCGCCGAGAGUUUCCAAAAGUAACUUAAAAUAUAGAUUAAUAAUAGUACUUAUGUUCUUAACCCAUAA